AUGUCGAGAAGCGUACCAGUCGCGAAGCGAAGAAGGCUCUCACCACCCGAAGACGGCGAGCGUGCGAAUGGUGCGAGCGAAGAUCACAAGGCCAAGUUUCUGAAGAAUGCUGCGAAAUGGGAUCUCGAACAAGACUACGAAACGCGACCGCGCAAACUGAAGAAGCAGAAAGAGAACAAGAAACUGCCCGUCAGGACGACAGAAGGAUGGGUAGCAGCGCCGCCCAAUGCGCAGGAUAUCAAAGAGGAAGAGUCGGACAGCUUUCUCGGGUCUGGGAGCGAGGAUGAAGCGGCCGAGGCCUCGGAUGUAGAAGAGAUAGAGGAACAGAAGCCGAAGAUACCAGCGCGACAAAUGAUACUCGAGGCCAAGGAAGAACUAGCGCGCAUAGCCAGUCUGAUCAACGAAGAUCCCGAAGAGCAUAUCGGAGCGCUGAAGACACUACAAGCACUGGCCGAAUCAGAGAACUUCAACGUGAGGAAGUUGGCAUUGGCAACACAGGUCUCCAUCUUCAAGGAUGUCAUCCCUGGGUACAGAAUACGGCCGCUAUCGGAAGAAAAAAUGCAGGAGAAGAUCUCCAAGGAAGUCAAGAAGCUACGGCAAUUCGAACAGAAGCUGGUAUCGAGCUACGAAGCACAUGUCAAGUACUUGGCGAGACUGGCAAAGAAUAGUGGGUCGGAUAAGCAGCACAUGGCGAGUCUUGCAUCGGUUGCUGUUAGCUGCGCAUGCAAUCUCUUGAAUUCCGUACCACACUUCAACUUCCGCAGCGAGCUUAUAAAGAUUCUUGUUGGCAAGCUUAGCACGAGGAGGGUAGAUGCGGACUUUGUGCGAUGCAGAGAGGCCAUGGAAACACUCUUUGAGAACGACGAAGACGGCAAUGCUGCGCUGGAAGCUGUUACAAUGUUGACUAAGAUGAUGAAGAGCCGGAAUUACCACUUCGACGAAAGUGUGUUGAACACGUUCUUGCAUCUGCGACUGCUGUCUGAGUUUGCGCAGAAGGCUUCAUAUCAUUCCGUUGACAAGGCGGAGGACCCCACUGUCAACGGCAAGAAGCAGAAGCAGAAGCGCGAAUUCAGGACGAAGAGGUUACGAAAGGAGCUGAAAGAGAAAAAGGCCAUCGAGAAAGAGUUCAAGGAGGCUGACGCAGCUGUCAGUCACGAGGAGCGUGACAGGAUGCAGGCCGAGACGCUGAAGAUGGUGUUUGUGGCGUACUUCCGAAUCCUGAAAGCUCGCUCGCCGAAACUGAUGGGUGCUGUGUUGGAAGGUCUGGCACGAUACGCCCAUCUGAUUAACCAAGAUUUCUUCGGAGAUAUCCUGGAAGCUUUGCGAGACAUCAUUGCGACGGCCGAACUUACAGCUGCUGCCGCAGUCGAAGAAGAUGAAGACGCAUCAGAUGAAGAAGAUGACAACGAAGUACCCGAGCGCAACCUUACCCGCGAAUCCCUCCUCUGCGUCAUCACUGCCUUUGCACUCCUUGAAGGUCAAGAUGGAGCAAAAACAGCAUCAGCCCUAAAACUGGACCUCAGCUACUUCAUCACCCAUCUCUACCGCACACUACACCCCGUUGCGUUGAACCCAGAUAUCGAGCUCAGCUCCAAGUCUCUCCACCUACCCGAACCCAACGCCGCAGAAUCUCAUGCUGACACCGCAAAAAUCAACGUGCAAACCACCAUCGUCCUACUUAUCCGCUCUCUAUCCUCUGUCCUCCUACCCGCUACAUCAAUUCGCGCCGUCCCGCCCCUCCGCGUAGCGGCUUUUGCAAAACAACUCAUGUCCAUUUCCAUGCAUCUCCCUGAGAAAUCUUGUACCGCUAUGCUUGGUCUAUUGAACCGCGUGACUAAGACGCACGGCAAGAAAGUAGCACCUCUGUGGAAUACAGAGGAGAGGCGAGGCGACGGAGUGUUUGACGCGCUGAAACCUGAGAUUGAGGGCAGCAAUCCUUUCGCGGGGACUAUUUGGGAAGGAGAGAUUCUGAGGAAGCAUUUCGCGCCAAGUGUAAGGGAGGCGGUCAGUGGUGUGGAGAGGAAUGUUCUGGAGGCUAGUAAAUAA